ACCCUUGCUCGUUGCUGCUUCAACUUUGUGAGGGGGAUUGGCCUCGUUUCGAGCAUCUUUGCUGUGUGACGGCGGAAGAUUACCUGUCCUUUUCGGGCGUUACGACGACUCCUAACGCUUCGGUGUUUGCGCAAGAAUGCUUCGGUUCGUGUGAUAUGCGGGGAGCUUUUGGUGCGUCUGGUUGUUAGCUUGGAGGCAAUCGGAUGUUGGGGUCUCGUCCUCGUGGUUCUCGCUGCGUCUGUUUGGGGUUUUGUGGGAGAAUCGUCUUGCGUCUUGGGGAGUUUGGAUUCCAUUUCUUGGAGUAGCUGGAUUUCUUGGUUCUUGCAGCGGGGCUCCGUUGAGCGUAGCGGCGGGGCUGAGGACUUCCCAGCAGGAAGUGGGGUUUUGCUGUUCUUGGCUAUGUUCGUUUAUUGCGAUUUUGAGGAUGAUUGCAGAAUUUGUGUGAUUCCUGAUUAUUAUGGUUAUGGACUUGUGGAUGUGUGUUGACCUGAUACGCUGAAUUUUGCUUACCGACUCCUCGGUUGCUCGUCUUGUUAGCCGGCAAUGGACAGUUGGGCGUUUUUUUGUUUGCUCCUGUUCGUGCUCGAACGUCUUGGUGGAAAACUGGGAAGUAGCAAAAGGGUAAUAUGAGCUCAGGGAGCAGUACGGGCAGCCAUGGGAAAGAAGCAGCAUUAUAUGAGGAACAGCGGUCCAAGAUUGGUAAAGUUAGAGCUACCCUAGGACAACUAUCUGGAAAAUCAGCUCUAUAUUGCUCAGAUGCUUCAAUUGAGAGGUACCUGAUAGCAAGGAACUGGGACGUGAAGAAGGCUACAAAAAUGCUGAAGAAAACCUUGAAAUGGCGUUCAGAGUAUAAGCCAGAUGAGAUCUGUUGGGAUGACAUAUCUGAUGAAGCUGUGACUGGAAAAAUUUACCGAACUUAUUACUUUGACAAGAGUGGACGGAGUAUCCUUGUUAUGAGACCUGGAUGCCAGAAUACCAAGAAUGCCAAUGGGCAACUCAAGUACUUAGUGUACUGUAUGGAGAAUGCAAUUCUAAAUCUGCCACGUGGUCAGGAUCAGAUGGUUUGGCUCAUUGAUUUUGCUGGCUUCAGCUUACCUAACGUGUCACUUCAGGUGACAAAGAUGACAGCAGAUGUCUUACAAGGUCAUUAUCCUGAAAGAUUGGGUGUGGCAAUCCUUUAUAAUGCUCCAAAGUUUUUUGAGUCUUUCUGGAAGAUUGCUAGCCCCCUUCUUGAGAAGAAGACUUUCAACAAGGUCAAAUUUGUAUACUCGGAGAAGCCUGACACCAUGAAGAUCAUUGAAGACCUUUUCAACAUGGAUGAGUUAGAAUGUGCAUUUGGUGGCAAAAGCCCAGAUACUUUCAAUAUAAAUGAUUAUGCUGUGAGGAUGAAAGAAGAUGACAAGAAGAUGCCAUUAUUCUGGAGCCCCGAGAAUUCUGAUCGUGCUUCCGAGCCAUAUCUGACAAGCAACCACAAGCCCCAAGAAAGCAGCUCGGGCUUAAAGACUGAACAGACUGAAGCUGAGAAGAGGGAAGACACAGAGACUGCCUCUGAAAAGAGGGGAGAAAAUGAGACCGAGACUGAAUCUGAAAAGGGGGAAGAGUCACAUACUGAAUCUGAAAAGAGGAAAGAAACAAAGACUGGAUCAAGCGCAACUGAGCUGAUAAGCUUUCCAGGAGAAGAUACUGCCCCAGCAGAUAAAAGCGGCAUUUCAUCUGAUCUGUGAGUAUCACCAUGAAACGUACAUGCCAAAUGUUGAUAGAAGCUCUACCGCAUGAGUUUUCACUAAGAGAUGAACAUUAAAUAUGAUGAGAUACUCUAACACAGAACAGGAAUGCGAUGCAUGAGUCGGCAACACUCUGUUUCUUUCUGUCCUCUACUCCUCUUGACCUUAUUCCAAGAACCUUUUCACAAUAAAUCAGAUCUAUUGGAUGACAGUGAACAAUGCAACACCUUGUUACCAUCA